AAAAAAGAUAUUUUUUUGUCAAACUUGUUGUCUACUAUGUGUGGACCAUUUUAGCCACAGCCCAAUUAAUACAAUUUUAUCUCUUCAAGACUCCUACUUGUUGUAUAUAGAUAAAGAGAAGUCUAGAAAAACUACAUCCAAAAAAUUUGACAGACAAAAAUGGAAAUCUCUAAAACGAGUGAAGUUUCGGUUGAAACAAAACUUGACUAUGAUAGAGCAAGUGAGCUGAAAGCUUUUGAUGAAACAAAAGAUGGUGUUAAAGGACUUGCUGAUGCUUCUAUCACGUGCAUACCUCGCAUGUUCCAUCAUGAACUUGAUAAAGAUUCAGCUGCAUCUUCAAGUAGAAUCACCAAACUUGUUGUUCCUUCUGUUGAUCUUGUUGAUAUUCAUAAAGAUCCAACAAGAAGAAAAACAGUUGUUGAGAAAAUAAGGGAAGCAUCUGAGACAUGGGGUUUCUUUCAAGUUGUUAAUCAUGGAAUAGAAGUUAGUGUUUUGGAUGAGAUGAAGAACGGAGUUAUUAGAUUCUUUGAGCAAGAUCCUGAGGUGAAAAGAGAACUAUACUCACGCGAUGAUACUGUGAAACCUGUGGUUUAUAAUAGUAACUUUGAUCUUUAUAGCUCACCUGCUGCGAAUUGGAGGGAUACCUUUUACUGUUUAAUGGCUCCUCAUUCACCUAAACCAGAAGAUUUGCCAUCAGUUUGCAGAGAUAUACUGUUGGAAUAUUCAAAGCAAGUUAUGAAACUAGGAAAUGUAUUGUUUGAGUUAUUAUCAGAAGCACUUGGACUGAAUCCAAAUUAUUUAAAUGACAUGAGAUGCAAUGAGGGACUUGCAAAUGUUUGCCAUUACUACCCUUCCUGUCCACAACCAGAAUUAACUCUGGGAACAACAAAACAUACUGAUAAUGACUUUAUCACAGUGCUUCUACAAGAUCAUAUUGGUGGCUUACAAGUUCUUCAUGAAAAUAGUUGGGUCGACGUAUCACCUAUACCAGGUGGUCUUGUCAUCAACAUCGGCGAUCUUCUACAGCUUAUAACAAAUGACAAAUUCAAGAGUGUUGAGCAUAGAGUAUUGGCAAACCAUGUUGGUCCAAGAGUAUCAGUUGCAAGCUUUUUUAGCACAAGUUUUCAACCAUCAACAAAGCUUUAUGGUCCUAUAAAGGAAUUAGUAUCAGAAGUUAAUCCUCCAAAGUACAAGGAAACUACAGUUCAUGAUUAUGUUGUCUUCUCCAUGGCAAGAGGCCUUGAUGGAACUUCUCCAUUGCCAUAUUUCAGGAUUUGAAAUUUCUGAUUAACACAAACACACACAACAAAGCUUGUUUAUCAUCUUUACAUAAUUGAAAGACUUGUAUAUAGUUAAUAAGAUGGCAAACCUCUAGUUUAGGGAAAAAUUUAUACUAAUAAUGAAAGUUUUCCUUUUUAGGAAGUCACGUUCAUGUACAAACUUUCUUGAAAAUUGUAUUGGUCAAAAAGUACAUGUGUGCGUGUUCCUUCAGUAAGGAUAGAGGGACUCAGACGCCUUAGUAGGUAUAUUUCGCUGUAUGGUGGUUAGGGCUUGCCCACGGCGGCGAGAAGCCCGGUAUGAUGGUGUACUACGUUGGUUUUGGGAGUCAUGCUCACGUGAGGUGAGAGGCUCUAUGGCUGAAUGAUAUGCUUAGGUAUAAGCUUCCGAGGGGUGUGAUCAGUGUGAGUUACGAUCUGGCUAAGCACUAUUCUUAGGGUGUAAUAUAUGUUUACAUACACCAUUAACAUUAUGAAAAUAUUUUUCACCCCUUUUUGUUUGCUUGUGUGGCUCGUUGUGUUGAUGGUACAGAUACCCACGUAGAGGACCAUUAGUAGCUGCUGUGGGGAAGGAUUGGCGUAGAUGCCGAAUUCAUUUUAACGUUUUUGGGUUUUACUUAGUAUUUCCGUAUUUCUCUAUGACAGUGUAACAUUGGGAUGAGGUUUUCGUUUGGUUGAUGAUUUCUUAAAGAAUGUUGAAUUUAUUUCUUUAUGUUCGGACUAUGUUAUUAUAUAAAAGUAUGAUAUUUUUAUGUUGCGUUGAUGAA